AUGCACGUACAGAAAUGGGAUGUAGUUCAGCAAGGAUGGACCAACUUGUCUGUGUCCCAGACCAAGGAGGAAGUUUUGGGCUGCGGUUUAUGGUGGCUAAGCACAUUAAAAAAGCAAGCACAGGUCAGGGAAGGUGUAAGAGGCAGUGUAGACCCAGAGGUUGCGGCAACGGUCACCAAGUGCCUAUGUCCUGAUCUGGAGCGGGAUGCCAGUUCCAUGGUACUCAGCUCACCACCAAAGGUUCUCCUUGAUGAGCUUUCAUCCACUAAAUAUUGGGUAUCCAUGCAUGUCUCAGACCACAGUGGAUUUCAUUACCGCCAGUUCUUACUCAAGUCCUUGAUAGGCAGAACUGCAACUGACAGUAACAUGCUGGUACAAAAUCAAAUGGUAAAUGAGCAAAACCCUAGCCUUCAAAAGGAGGACGAGAGUGCAGGGGCAGAAGCUGCCUGUGAGGAGGAGCGAAGCAUGGAUCUCCCGCACCAUUUAGAGGAAGAGUUGGAGCUCUGCGCUGAGCUGAUUGAUACUUACCCAGGGCAUGAAACCUUGUGGUGUCAUAGAAAGCGUGUGUUCUACCUUCAGCACCACCUAAGCAACAAACUUCCUCUUCUGAGUGCAGUGGUAUCAUCUGUGGACAGCAGUGAUGAAACUCUGAAUAAUUCCCACCACAGUCCUGCAACAAGUCACGUGGCGCAAGCUAUGGAUGUUGAUGGUUUGAAUGAAUCCAGCAGCAAACAAGGUUAUACCCAAGAAACAAAACGCCUGAAGCGUGCUCCUGUGCAGGACUCUCUUGCUCCAGAAACGGAAUACCGGUUCAUUGAUAAAGUAUUAUCAGCUUGUAGGGAUGCAGACCAAGCCAGGUUUGCUACUGCUUAUAGGAAAUGGUUAGUUACUUUUUUAGAUCAGUGAAGGAAGAGUUUAAAGCCAUCAGGGUUCUUCUUUUAGUGCAAUAUUCUCUUUUCAGACACAAAUGCAUGUCUUGGUUGCAAGUGUUAGCUAACCAUGUGUUUCUCACUCUUUUAAUGGUCAGUCCUAAA